AAGUGAGUCACCGCUCUGAGAAGCCCGAGAGUGUGUGGGGUACGUGGCUAGAGGUGGUAGUGCUAGUGCGUAACAUAGUAGUGGUAGUGCGUACCCUAGAGAUGGUAGCGGAACGUAAUUAGUGGUGGUAGUGAGUAAACUAGUGGUGGUGGUGGUAAAGCGUAACUAGUGGUGAGAGUAGUUGAAGAAAGCAUCUAUUGUGUUGAGUAAUCUUACCCACGGCAUGACUUGAGACCUUUGAAAACAUUGGAACUCAACGCAGGACUCCUCUAUACCUUCAAACAACGUUAUAUUGACAUAAACUUGAAAAACAGCCUAAUGUUAACAUUGAUCAUACAAAAGAUACUGAAAAUGCAAUACACCUGACCAUUCACAUUGGAAAUACUAAGGUUAAGUGUCGAUCAAAUUUAACCAAGUGAAGUAUAAUAUUCUCACAGGAGUUACGUGACAAGACGCAGAAAAUACCGAUGGGGAAUUUAAAUUGGUUUAUGGCUUAUGUGGUGCUGCCAAUCUCUCUGUCCACAUCAGAUCCUACAAUCGCCAAGACAGUCGAUGGGAAGAAAGUGACAUUCUCCCUACCAGACAACCAGACAGCCCAGUUCAUGCUCUGGACCCCGGCGUUAGGCACCAAAUUUACCAUGGUGUACCAAGCCCCGGGUAUCCUCCCUUCAGCUGGCUUAUUUGCUAUCCCACACGCGCGAUUGUGGACAUCUCUUACCGUCUCCAAUGUGUCAAUAACAAUAGCUGGAUAUAAGGAAGUAGCCUUUGAACGAGCGUUAACAAUGCAGGGGCGACAAGUGCUACUGUCCAGCUAUGAUCCUGUGUACUGGUACCUGUGUGAAGCUAUGGGCACGUGUGCCCUAGUGCCUCCUAUUCUGAUCCACAACACAACACUGGUAAGCGAAAUGACCCCCUUACAAGACCUAGCAACUUCCGGAUUCAACUACGAUCCAAUCUCUAUCGUAUUGUGGUUGAGUGUGGUGUGUGUGGUACUAGGAAUCACAACAAUCAUCCUCGCUGUUUAUUUAUGCUUCAUUAAGAACUGCAAGAAACCACAGACAUUCGAUAUACAUGAGUUACCAGCACUAGGAGUGAGGGCUCGCCAGGAUAUGCUAAAGACUUCUGAAGUUGGAUCAAGAAACAAUGAAGCCUUCAAUACCCAGCUUGUGGACAGUGAACCUCCACCGCCUUACACCCCUUAUUCAGUACCCAGUAAUUCUUAUUGCGGCCCUAGAACCACCCCUUAGAAGGAAGAUUCUAAUCCUUACUUUGAAUCCUCAUUAGAAUGAGUAUUUUAAUCCUUACUUUAAAACCGAAUUGGAAGGAAUACUCUAAUCCUUACUUAAGAAUACCCAUUAUAAGGAAGAUUCUUCAUAUAACCCGUGAACUGAGGGCUUCACAUCUAACAGACCCUCAAAAUAUCAGACCUCCUUUUCUUUAUAGUUCGUUAAAUAGAGUUUUCAAUGUAUACUUAUAAUUACCGAUUAAGAGGACCUAACCUAACCUAACCUAAAACCACCAACAGUAGGAGUCUCAUAUUGAUAUCAAUACAUACUCCACUACACUGUGACCUAACCUAACCUAAUGUUAAUAUAGUUUUGCUAAAAUAAUAAGGGUCGUCUUUCGAAGCUGUUAAUCUGUUAUCCUUAUAUGGUAAGAGAGAUCGUAGUGUAUGAAUAUUAUGUCUACAUUUAUUCAAGAAGUAAUUGGUAAACAUUCGUUUUUAUCCUAAUUUCCCCAAUUGGUAAGAUAUAUUAUUUUUAAAGUGUAUGUUGAUGUUUUUGAAUUAACCUAACCUAACCUAACCAAAACUAAAAAAGAAUCGUAGUAAUAAUGAUAAAACUCCAAAAUACCUAUUGGAAUAUUAACCAAGUCAUUUAUCACCACGACCUACAUCUACAGAAUUUUAAAAAUAUUUUUCCACAAAUAAUAAAAUAUUCAAAUAUAA